UGCCACCGCCCAGAUGCAGCUCGCUACCUGGUGCUGGCUGAGCGCCGCCAUCCUGGCGGCGCCGGGCCUCGUGGUCGUGGCCAGCAAUGACACGGGGGAGGUGGGCGAUGGACCCCCGAAGGCCGCCUGCCCGCUGCGGCUGGAGAGCAGCGGGAAAUGCGAGGCUGGGGGCGACUGCGCCUUCCAGGUGCGCCUGCCGCCGCUGACGCUUCAGCUCCCCAAGCACUUCAGCCCGAUCGAGCUGGAGGAGGUGUUGAAAGAAGUGCAGAGCCUCAAGGAGAUGGUGAACCACCUGAAGAAAUCCUGCCAGGACUGCAGACUGCAGGCGGAUGACACCGGAGAGCCUGGCCGGAGCGGGCUGCUGGUGCCCAGCCCCGGAGCGCCCCCGGGGGAGGCUGCGGACGGCCGAGUCCAGGAACUGGAGAGCGAGGUGAACAAGCUGUCCUCGGACCUGAAGACGGCCAAAGAGGAGAUCGAUGGCCUUCAGGGUCGCCUGCAGACGCUGAGCCGCCUCAACAUGAACAACAUCGAAAGCUACAUCGACAGAAAAGUGGCCAAUCUCACCGUUGUGGUCAACAGUCUGGACGGCAAAUGUUCAUCGUGUCCCGGCCAGGAACACACGCAAUCGCAUCCAGUGCAACACCUAAUAUACAAAGAUUGCUCUGACUACCAUGCAAUAGGCAAGAGAAGCAGCGAGACCUACAGGGUUACACCUGAUAGCAAAUACAGCAGCUUCGAAGUUUACUGUGACAUGGAGACCAUGGGAGGAGGCUGGACAGUGCUGCAGGCACGUCUUGAUGGAAGCACCAACUUCAACAGAAGUUGGCAAGACUACAAAGUAGGCUUUGGAAAUAUUCGAAGAGAAUUUUGGCUGGGGAAUGAUAAAAUCCACCUUCUGACCAAGAGCAAGGAUAUGAUUCUGAGAAUAGACCUCGAAGACUUUAAUGGUGUCAAACUAUAUGCCUUGUAUGAUCAUUUUUAUGUGGCUAACGAGUUUCUCAAAUACCGUGUACACGUUGGUAACUACAACGGCACAGCAGGCGAUGCAUUGCACUUCAGUAAGCAAUAUAACCAUGAUAUGAAGUUUUUUACCACCCCCGAUCGAGACAACGAUCGCUAUCCUUCUGGGAACUGUGGGCUCUUCUACAGUUCGGGCUGGUGGUUUGAUGCAUGUAUUUCCGCAAACUUAAAUGGCAAGUAUUAUCACCAAAAAUACAAAGGGGUCCGGAAUGGGAUUUUCUGGGGCACAUGGCCUGGGAUUACUGAGGCCCAGCCUAGUGGCUACAAGUUCUCCUUCAAAGAAGCCAGGAUGAUGAUUAGACCCAAACACUUUAAGCCAUGAGUAGUCACCAGUGCGCAUUCCUACAGGUUUUAGUAUGUAAGAGGGCUUCAGCACAUGGGGAAAUGCCUAGCUUCACACUCCUCUUCCAUGGCUCAAAAACAUAUCUCUGGGUUCCUAGGCUACACAAUAUUUGAAAUAAAGCUGAAAAUUAAUAUAUUUUGCUAUUAUAAUGCUGUUACCCAAAUGAACAUUUGCAAGUAAUCAGAAAUUAUAUUGAUUAUACAUUAAAUGUAUAAUUUUCAACUUAUAGUGAUUAAAAAAAAUUGUAUUACUUGCUAGAAUAAUUGUUUACUCAGCAGGCUAGAUUUUCCACAACUAUAUUUUGGCUAUGCUUUAAGUAAAUCUGAAGGUUACAUUACUCUUUUCAGGCUAUAAAUGGUGAUUUGGAUAAUUAUUUGCCUCUAAAUAUUCUAAUUCUCAUUCUGAGGUGAACAUAGUCAACUCCUGGCACUUACUCUGGGUCAAGGAGAUUAUAUAGCAUUAUAGUUUCUAACCAAUGGAAACAAAUAUAUACAAUUAAACAUGCUCAUAUGAUAGUCAUGAACUAUAAAGUAUUUGUCCUUCCAAUACUUUAAAAUGUGAUAGCUUAAUGUCACACGUAAAAACAUUCCCUAAAGAAUGUACUCUUAAAGGCCAUGGCUUAACUCUUUUUAUGUCUGAUGGUGAAAAUGGCUUUCAUUUCCUUGGCUCUGUGUGCCCCAUAGCUUUUAAUUUAAGAUUUCUCAUUACUGUGCUAGACUACUGGUAGGAUUUUUUUUUUUAAGGAGUGGGUCUAGAGCAGGGAGGGUAAGGUGUGGUGGAGGUGCAUGCAGCAUUUGUACAUAGGCUAUAAUAGGCUGAAGGUCAAUUUUAUCACCUAAGAAAUAAUAUCAUUAAGUGAUUCACUUCAUAGAUAGGAAGCUGUGAUCAGAUACUCUCUAUGAGAUCAGAUAUUUUCUGAGUAUCAAUAGUCUUAACUUUUUGAAAACUAACAAUACUAUUAUAUGAAUAAGAUAGAAGAACAUUAUUUUACUUUAUUAUACUUUUCUUAAAAUUAUCUGCAUAUAUAGAGAGUAUCUACUUAUAGAAAAUAGGUGUAAUUUCAGGAUACUGGCAAAUGCAUUAAUCCAUGUAAGCUUGCCUUUCUUUCUCCCUUAUUUCAAAGGAUCAAAAUUUAAUUUUCCAAUUAACUUUCAUAAGAGUUCUCAACAAGAUAUUCUGUAACAAUUUCUCUUUAGAGUUUCAUGCCAUUCAAUAUAUACUCUAGACUCUGGUGAUCUUUAACAUGUUAAUGAAAAUAGAUUAUAUCUGAUAGAUAAAAGUUGGGUUUUUUUGCCUUAACUUAGCUACCCACUAAGAUAUACUACUGUUCAUAAAUGUGGAUUGACUAUUUAUAAAAACAUCAUUUAGGGUCAUAGGUCUCUUUUGGCAGCUAAUAUUUAUCUUAAGGCUCUGCAUUUUUGAAUUUUAUCAUUCCUUGAAAAUAUUAACCAAAAUUGGUUUUUAGAAAUUUCAUCUAUCACUCGGGGGCAGGGAGUGGCAAUAAGAAUCGUCCUAACUGACAUUCAGUAAUGCUCCAAAUGAAUUGUUAAUAAAUUGGUCAUAUAUAAAAUAUUCUAGUCCUUAUUUUCAGAUAGCUAUCCAAGAUUCAUAGGAUCGCUAUUAGUCAUGAAUAACCCAAUGACAGUGAGGUUUUUAUAGCCUUUUUUCUCCUAGAUUAAGUUUUAAAGGUCAAGCAAUGGUAAUGUCAUAAAGAUAAGUUCUGGUUUGUAAUCUGGUUUUCCUUUAUGUAUAAAAGGUCUAUUUUUUAUGUCUUUUUAGAAUCUUGUAAAAUAAAAUAAUAUUCACAUAUUUUCUCAACAUGGAAAUAUUAAAUGCUAUUAUUUACAAAAGAA